GAAAGGGCUAGAUUGGGCUAGAUCUCAUAGCCGGGCUCCUGAGUAAAUAUGUUCCUUGGCCGGGCCUAAAAGCAGUUUAAUUAAAUCAAAAAGAAAAGAUGUGUCAAAAUUAUUUGUCAAAACAUUGUAUAUAAAUCAAAUAAAUAAUUGAAAAUAAUAAUGCUAUUGCUGUGCAAUAAAGCCUCAUUUUAAUAUUAUUAGCGUUUUUAAGAUGGAAAAGAGCUAAUUAUUCUCGUAAUAUCAUUUAUUUAUUAUCAAUGCCAAUAUCCAGUAUCAAGUUUUUAAUAGUUUUCGAAAUAACUUUGGAGUUUAGAGAAUUAAUAUGAAGUAUUAUUAAAAAUAAGUUAAGAGUGUCUAGAAGAACGAAAAGAUAGAGAUGUCGGCUAGUCUUACCAUAACUCUUAAAAGGGCAAGCAAAGUUUACCAUGAAGGAGAAACUAUUGCUGGUGUGGUGGUGGUGGACACGACGGCAGACCUGCGGCACGAAGGCCUCACGCUCAGUAUGGAGGGCUCUGUCAACCUGCAGCUCAGCACAAAGAACACUGGCAUCUUCGACGCUUUCUCCAACAACAUUCGGCCCAUAAACCUAAUAAACACAACAAUAGAGUUAGCAGCAGCUGGGAAGAUCCCGGUGGGAGUCACAGAGAUUCCCUUUGAGCUGCCUCUCACGCCGCGCCCGCACGGCCCCGCACUGCUGGAGACAUACCACGGCGUGUUCGUGAACGUGCUCUACACACUCAAGUGCGGCAUGAAGAGAUCCUUCCUCAACAAGCCGCUCCACACCAGCUGCCAGUUCUUCGUGCAGUACAGGCCUCAAGAGCGCGCGCCCGCCAAGCCCGUCCGCUGCGAGAUCACCCCCGCGACACUGCGCGCGGCGGGCGGCGGCUCCGGCGCGCGCGCCAACAUGCCGAAGUUCCAGCUGUACGCCGAGCUGGACUCCACCGUGUGCGCACUGGACGCGCCGCUCACGGGCAAGAUCCGCGUGGACGAGUGCGCGGCACCGAUCAAGUCCAUCGAGCUGCAGCUGGUGCGGCUGGAGACGUGCGGCUGCGCUGAAGGUUACUCCAAAGAUGUAGGGCCCCGAGUGACCGUGUGCCCCGUCCGCAGCCACGGAGAUCCAGAACAUCCAGGUGGGCGAGGGCGACGUGUGCCGCGGGCGAGACAUCCCGCUGCACAUGGUGCUGCCGCGCCUCUUCACCUGCCCCACCACCGCCACGCCGCACUUCAAGAUCGAGUUCGAACUGAAUAUUGCGGUAGUGUUUGAAGACGACUACUUGGUGACAGAGAACUUCCCCAUCCUACUGCUGCGGAGCAGGUAGCUGGCACUGCUGCACUGUACCUCGGCAUGUGGCUGUUUAUUUAAGGCAAUAUACUGUACAGGCAAUAAAAUAUUUACAUAACAA